GUUCUUUGCAUCGCAUCAGUUUUUGAACUCAGUUGUUGAAUGCUUGUCUAAAGAUUUUGAAACUAUCGAUGGAAUGAUCGAAGUCGACGGAAUAGUAUCUAUCAUUCACGUAUUCAGAUACCAUCUAAACACUCAGCAAAGCUCGCAUACAUUAUACUGGUAAGAUGAGUUACUUUCCUGAGAUCAAAGACGACCGAUCUUCAGAUCCCAACUUGAGUCCAUUGAAUGAAAUAAUACAGGAAUUGAAACGAAAAAAUGUUGUCGCAUCUGCGGCAUCGGGAGGUCCCCAGCUUGCAUUGGAUUCGAGAAGCGACCCAUGGGGAUCUUCGGAAGCAGUGUUAGGCAUCGCGGAUGAUGAAGCUACUCUUAAGUCCACGAUGUUCAAGCCUCCCAAAGCCUCUUCCGCUAUUCCCUUUGGUCGUAUCGAUUCAAGAGCAAAUUUUUGCGGAUGCGAAAAGCAACAGCAGCAAUCUACUACCGGUGGAAAUAACGAACGAAUGAAAUUUCCACUGCACCAGGAGCGUACAGAGCGCGAGCCCAAGUGUCCUAACUGCGGAAAGUUACCUCAGUCAGCCAAUCGUGUCCAGGAAAUCAAUACCAMCCCAGCCAGUCCACGACAAAAAGCGAGAUUGAAUCCAUUGUUGAUAUCUCCUCCCCCCAAGCACGCAGAAGAUCUUUUACAGGUGACCCCACAGUUGCGAAUAAUAUCAUCUUCAUCUACUGAUAUGAACGUGGCGGGAAAUUCGGCUUCCAACAAUUUUGUAGGCUUGCUCCUGUCUUCGACUCCAUUUUACCAUCAUUUCAAUUCACUCAACAAUAGUAAGAGUAGUCACACUUCCUUACCUACUACCGCGGAUUUGUCGUAUCUUCAAAGAGGGAGUGCAGUGAAUGGAAACGCUACUAUCAGCGCUACCGGUGCUUCUGGUGCAAGCACUGGUUCCAACACUUUGGACUACAAGGAAAGUUUGAAGCGCGAUCGAGCAAACCACGAGGCUGCAACUGAAUUGGCAUCUCUGUUGUGGAUCUGUGCCCACGAAAUGUCCCUCGAAGAUUACGGUAGAGUGGAAAGCAAAACCUUCACAAGUGUUUUUGCGUUAGUACAUUCUAAAGACAACAUGGAUCGCAGAAUGGCAGGGUUGGCAGCUUUGGAUGCGCUGAUUGACGCGCCUAGUGCAGACGAGGAACGAAAGGCGAUCAAAUUUGCAAACACUCUGAGUGGAGGCUUGCGAUCAGCACGGGGAAAUUAUGAGUUCUUGUCUGCCGUUUCAAAAGCUCUCGGGCACAUGGCAACCCGGACGGCAAACAUGGACUUUGUCGAAUCGGAAGUAACUCGAGCAUUGGAAUGGUUGCGAACGGAUCGCUCUGACCGACGGUAUGUUAUAUAUCAAAGUAUUUGGAAAAACAAUGCAUAGAGAAUUAAGAGGAAUCAUUUACUUGACAAAUGGUUUUAAGACCGUCAAUUGUUCGUACGUUGUUACGAUUUCGAUCACUGACGCUGAUGCUUGAUUUAUUUUCAUUUCUCCAGACUGGCUGCUACUCUAGCGCUGAAGGAAUUUGCCAUUCAUGCUCCAACAGCUUUUUAUUCUAAAACCUCGCAAUCACCUUUUGGUCAUGGAGGAUCAAACGAAUUCUUAGAUUACAUAUUUCAGGCGGUUCGUGAUCCACAACCGAUUGUUCGAGCCUGCGCUGCCGAUGCACUUUCUCAGUGCCUCAAGAUUUUGAUGGAAAGACAACAUAUGUCACUGACUGGCUUGCUCUGUCAAGUUCACUUUUCUGUCAUGGAAGGCCUAGAUAUGCAAACACCCAAAAAUAGUUGGACAAACUCUUCCGUUACUUCUAAAGUGGAAACCUCACAGCAUGGAUCUCUACUGAUCGUUGCAACUAUGAUUGCCAAUACUCGCGACUUUAUGUUGCCACGGUACGAUGAAGUUUGCAAUAAGAUUAUGGAGUUCAUGGAUCACCCGAAAAUAUUGAUACGUUUGGAAUUAGUACGGCUACUACCCCGACUGGCGCAACGAUGUCCAAGAAUAUUUGCUCGCCGCUACCUUGACCAAAGUUUGGACUUCUUACUUGCGACUGCCACAACUUCGCCACCUCCCCGAGUCGGUGUUGAUAUAAGGCCUGUAGCAUUUAAUUCGAUCGGUCUCAUGGUUUUAGCAUUGGUUGACCCAAUCACCGGUGAUGUCAUCGGCGGCAACGUUCCUACUGUCAAGAUAACGGAUGACCCUCAAAACCCAGGAGAGAAACAUAUUGUUCAAUUAUGUGAUACUGGUUCUAUCCGAAAAAGAUUGGACGAGAUAUUUGACUUGGUCAGUAAUGGCUUGAAAUAUCGGUCAGCUCCGUCUUCACGAAAGACUUCUGCCAUACACAUAGCUGCCUUUCACUGUGCUGCGGAUCUCAUCAAAGCUCUGGGAGAAAUGGCGCAUCCGUACAUCUCUGGAUUAGUUGAUGAUAUGUUUGGUGUCGGCUUGAGCAACGACCUAAUACAAUGCUUACAUGAGAUAGCAGAAUGUGUUCCGGAACAGCAGAGCAUCAUUGAAGAUAGACUUUUUCAGGAAGUUUCGAUUUGCCUUGCAGGCAUUCAAUCUGCUAGAGUAUUCUGUGAUCCUCUUCUUUUCACACAAAAUUCGAUGGAUGGAUAUUGCAAGCAGCAGCCCAAAAUUUUGCUGGUGGAUAACAGACCUUCCUCACCAAUCGAAGACGGAACAGAAGAUCCAACAAUUCGGAUCAAUAUGUCUAGUAGUCCUGCUGUUGUUAAGAGUCUCGUACUCAGUCUCCAAACUCUGGGAACCUUUGGUGACUACAUGGGGAGAGUGACAACUUUUGAUUCCGUGGUUCCUAUUCUUCCAUUUGUACAAAAUGUUGCGGCCCCCUACUUGUCACAUCCGUCGAGCGAGGUACGAAGAGCAGCUGUGCUAACGUGCUGCGCGUUGCUAGUUCCUCCGGGGAUUAUGCACAGGAAAAGGGUUGGAAGUCAAUCUGCGGUGAUCAUAGAACACGUAUUGGAUAUAUUACUCCAGGUAGCUGUAUCUGAUACCUCUCCGGUUGUUCGAUUAUGUGUUGUCAGAGCCCUUGAUUCAAGAUACGAUCCAUUUCUUUGUCAGGUAGAUUUAAUACAGCAUCUUCUUCUGUUGCUACAAGAUGAAGUUCUAGCUACCCGAGCUGCAGGAGUUAGUCUGCUAGGUCGACUAGCAUCAUUCAAUCCUGCUCCGAUAUUACCAGCUAUGAGGAAAUUUUUGAUGGAAGUUAUUGUUGAACUUCAAUGUGGCGUUGAUAGUGGUAGAAGUAGGGAGGAAGCUACCCGGCUGCUAGUUGUAUUCUUGAGAUCAAAUUCGCUCCGGCGGUUGAUCCAUCCCGUUCUCCCUGCAAUGAUAGAAACACUACCCUUGAAUGGCAAAACACCUCGUCUUGCUUCCGCUGCUAUGGAGGCGCUUGGAGAACUUGCCAAAACUGCAGGGGUGGCAUUGCAGCCCUGGGUGAAUGAGGUAGUUCCGAUCAUCCUUGACACUCUACAAGACCAGAGUAGUGCUAGCAAGCAAAGGGCUAGCUUAAGAACUCUCGCUCAGAUUGCGGGCUCAACUGGCUACGUUAUUCAGCCAUACAUUGAUUAUCCAAAGCUUCUAUCUCAAGCCACAGACAUCUUACCCGGAACCAAAAGAGCCCCUUGGUCCCUUCGAAGAGAGGUGAUUCGUAUGCUAGGUGUUCUCGGAGCACUCGAUCCUGAUCUGUAUAAUAUUGUAGCUCCUCAGGCAAGGAAAGGUGGGGCGGUAGGUGGCGCUUACUUUAUUGUUCAGGACGACAACGUCGUCAAUACCGAUGGCGUAGACACUGGGCCAAAUGACGACACUUUGAAUCCAGGGGCUAACUCCCUUCUGAGCACGAAGAAUAGUGUAAACGCUGGUCGAGGAGUGUCGCGUCUUUCUUUCUCAAAAAGUACAGGAAAGGCAAUAUCGUCGUCUAUUCAAGGGAAAAAGGUUGUAUUAUCUCAGGCUGAAUCAUUCAAAAAAGUAAACGUUUUCGACGACGAUCUGCCGGUUCAUUUAGCGAUGUAUGAGCAGUAUGCAAUGGUUGCUCAACCCGUGUCGAGUCAUACAGCAGCUCGUCGAAUGACUCCAAAUGAUGACGAAUUUUAUCCGACGGUAACAAUUCAGGCUCUAAUGCGAGUUUUCAAGAAUUCGUCUUUAGCUGUUCACCACGGAAUGGUGAUGCAGGCAAUAAUGUUUAUUUUUAAAUCUCUCGGGCUUCGUUGUGUUUCUUUCCUGAACCAGGUUGUUCCACACGUUUUGAUUACAAUUCGUGCUUGCGGGCCAACGAACCUUCGGGAAUCUUUACUAAAGCAGGUUGCAACUUUGAGCGGCAUAGUCCGAGAGCAUUUACGACCUUAUGUUGCUGAUAUUUUCAAUAUCGUCGAAAGUUUCUGGACAUCGAGACACAUCUCAACCAUAUUCAGCUUGAUAUCUCAUAUUGCAGUUGGUGUUCCCGACGAGUUUAAAUUUUUUGUUCCUAGGCUUAUUAAGUUGUAUCUGAAAAGUCUUGAUGAGAUACAAAUAUCUGAAUGGGUUUCAAGUGAUCUACCAGUCCAUCAUAGAAGAGAACUUCAAGAAACAGAACGCGUUCGACUGAUCCUUUGCAGCAUUGGAAGUCUGAAAGGAGUUCUCGGAGACUACCUGCAUGUUCUUGUGCCUGCACUCCUGAAGCUAGGCGAUUCCCUUCUUCCGUUGAUAUCAGACCAAUUGAUAGGCCCAGACAACUGGGUGACGAGUCAAGAAAUCGAGAAUUUAAGCAUCUUGAUGUUGCAGACAACAUCUGCCUUACUUGAAUGCGAAGGGACUAGUAAUUCAAACAAGCCUGUGAUGCCAUAUUGGGGAGAGGAAAAUGCUUAUUCAGGUUAUUUGUCUGCCCGGAUAGUUCAACCUCUGAUUAGAUUGCUGCGAGACAAAUGCAAGUCUAACAGGUCUAUUGGCUUGGCAGUUAUCCGUACGAUAUGCGUAUGUGCGAGACAACUUGGAAUAAAGACGUGGAUGCAGCUUUACCACAGUGUCGUAAGAAGCGUCAUUAUUGAUUGGCAAGAAAGUAUCUUUUACAUCGAAAUAGAAGGCCAGAAUCAAGACAAAUCCCCAAGCCAAAAAGUUUCCGUACAGAGAAAGACUGGCCUACAGGAGUACGAUGAGAUAAUCGAAGGAUUGGAGACUUCGCCUCUACAGAGAAGUUAUCUGAAUCCCUUCAUGACAGAAACACACCGUGCACCGCAAAGGCAAGAUUCGAUGGCACUAACUGGAGUUGACCAACAGAUUUUCACUGAUAAUCUCGGCAUAGCUCAGCACUUCGACAAUUCGUCAAGUGAAUUCGACGUCGUUACAAAUAUGUAUCAACAAACAUUGAAUCAGCCAAAUAAAUCUAAAAUAAACCAGUCGCAGUUACAUCGGGCGUGGGAUGUAUCGCAAUGUGCCUCGAGGGACGAUUGGGAUGAGUGGAUGCGCCGUUUGGGAAUACAACUACUACGGGAGGCACCUUCACCCGCUCUACGAGCCUCUGCGAGUCUUGCACAUGCAUACCAGCCUCUGUCUCGGGAGCUCUUUAGCGCAGCAUUCGUUUGUUGUUGGAAAGAGCUAAAUCAUACGUACAGAGUCAACCUUGUCCACGCACUAGAAACUGCUUUCAUUUCUGAUGUCUCCCCUGAAAUUUUGCAAGCCCUUUUGAACUUGGCUGAAUUCAUGGAGCACGAUCCAUCUGGGGGUCUCCCGAUCGCUAUCCCAAUUUUGGCCAAUCUUGCGUUGAAAUGUAGGGCUUACGCCAAGGCUCUUCAUUACAAAGAACGUGAACACAGUAUGAACAGUUCCAGUUCCUGCGUGGAAGCACUUAUCAGUAUCAAUCGAAAACUUGAUCUUCAAGGUAAGGAUGGCUUUAUCACUAACACAACGACUGUUUUGAGGAAUUAGAUCUCACAACCUGCUUGCAUAAAAUUUCAACAGAGGCUGCACUUGGUGUUCUAAAAUCUGCCACGAUGACGUUUGAGGAACAGCAAGUGAAUGAUGACAUGUCUAUUGGGACUUUCAGCUCGAAUGGGUUUGCCCGUCAACAGAACCCUCACGAGAUGUUUUACAGUGUCGUUUGGACAACAGAAGAUCGACAAGAUAAGAAUAUGAACUCUCUCGAUCUUGCAGAGAACAAGGAGCGUUGGUUGGCAAAGUUAGGAUCUUGGACUGACGCACUAAAGGUUUACGAAGAGAAAUUGCUGCGAAAUCCUAACGAUUUCGAUGCAGCACUGGGUUGUAUGAGAUGUUUAAGCUCGAGUGGAGAGUGGAGAAAAGUACUGAAGCUUGCUGAAGACAACUGGUCAACAAUUAGUGCCGGGACUGCCUUUCAAAACGAGAUCCUCGACACCUCCGUUGCAUCGCACUCUUCUCUCGUGGCUUUAAGAGAGCAGAAAAAGGCUCUGAAAAUGUGUGCAAAGGCUGCAUGGAGGCUAGGUAGAUGGGAUGAUCUUGAGAAGUAUUCUUCUGAAUUGACUCAUGGACAGGGGAAUGAUUCAACAGGUGCCGCCGGCCCGCCGGGUACCUCAGGUUCACGUGAUGGGAGCAUUCCAAAACUGGAUUUUGAUGGGGCAUUCUUCUCUGCGAUUUUACACAUCCACCGAGAAGAGUGGCAAAUGGCUGCGACGGCAAUUGAUGCGGCAAGGAAGGCAAUGGAUGGCCGUUUCACAGCAUUGAUGGCAGAGUCUUAUAAUCGGGCUUAUCCGAGUAUUGUGACUGCUCAAACUCUCGCUGAAAUGGAAGAAAUAAUUGAAUACCGAAAGAUUGAAAAAGAAUUUGAAGGGGGAGCUCACUGUCAUCCUGCAAAUAGACCUAAUAUACACGAAGCUCGUGAAAGGCUUCUAUCUGUUUGGAGAGACCGGCUGGCUGGAUGUCGUGUGGAUGCUGAAGUGCAAUAUUCUAUCAUGGCUGUCAGAUCUUUGAUACUUGGGCCAGAAGACGAAGUAGACGCAACUUUGACAUUGAGCGAACUAUCUCGUCAGGCACAACGUCUCAAACUAGCGGAGCGAGUUCUUCUGGCGCCGCUUGAAAGGCUUGGUGUAAACCUGGAUGGUAGUGAGUUUGGAUUUGGUGUAGCAGAGUUUCUUGAUCUCAGAAAAGAACUCAACGAUGCUCUGAAAGUAUCACCAGUUUCACAGAUUAUUGACAAUCUUGUGACAAACGAGAAUGUGUGUGCCUAUCUCCCUGACUAUACUUCAACUCACCACGAAUGGAGUCGAAAAUUGGUCGCAAAGGCUGGAGGGUUAGAACGGUAAGUGAAUUCACAGAAAACUUUCAGUAUAGCCGACAGACAAUAUGGAAAAAGAAAAACUGACUCUUUGAUUGCACAACGAUUUCUUUAAAGAUUGACCGUCCAGUACAAACUUUACUUUGCAUUUUUAAAACAUUUAUGGCUGACAGAUCGCCGUGAGGAAGCUCAGCACCGACUGACCAAACUUUGCGAUGUUGUCGAUUUGACAUUUCAUUGUGAACCCAUAGAAGACCAGUCGCUGAGGUCAGCGUGUUGGCUUGAAUUAGGGGAAUGGAAGCUUGAAGAAACUACAGCUCCGAAC